AUGAGACCUGCAUUAUCUGACGACGCAGAAUGGCUGGCGCGAGCACAGUUACUGCUCGACACUGCCUCCGUCACUGGCUCGGCCGCGCCCCCAGCCACCGAUCUCGAUCCUGCCCUCCGCGCCGCGUUGCGUGAUCUCGUUGAAGAGGCUGUUUUCUUCACAACCAGAAGCACCUCGGUUCUCAUCAAGCUUAGUCACUUACACCAGAAAUUUGACCUUACCGAGUUCAUCACCAGCGACUUUGUCAACUUCUUCCUUCAUGGGCGCGCCUCGAAACCCAAGAACACCAAUCAUGUGAGAAAGCGCGAAACCGCCAUCAACACCAACAUCAUCACCAACAUCACCACCAACACCACUACCAAUACCACUGCCAACACCAGAAGAGGAAGAAUAACACCAGUGAAGGGGUCCGACGUGGACGUCGACAUCGUCGUGAUGAAGAUAAAAGCUCUCAUCCUCUUACCUAUCACAGGGAUAAAGCCUGGAAGUUUAAAUGGCGACAAGGCUUCAAGAUCGUUCGCGCCGAACCCUCCCCAAGAAAUGGUCUGGUAUGGCGUCGAUGAGGAAGGGGCCGUGUACUCCGGAAACAUCGUGUACGACGAGAACUCCCAGGGCAACGACAAGGCGGGCUCCAGCAAGACACCAGGCCAGUGUGGGGAGAGAAUCCGAGCUCUGGCACGGCAGCGCAAGUAA